AUGUCACCCAAUGCUACCCGCCUUCCUAGUGUUCGUUCCAAUUUAGCUGAAAAUUUAGACAGCAUAGCUAAGACUUUGGCCGCUACCGAGUUCGACUCCGUAGGUGGUGCCAAGUUUGAGUUUGAUCAUGAGCGAAGCGAUAGAGACCGUCUUGUAUUCGAGUACAACUCGUUCCACCGACGCCAGCCGACGCCGCCACCAUUUACACCCUCUGUAACGUCUGAUGCCCCACAUGAGGGAGAAAGCGCUGGGGCAAUCUCAUGGACAAUCGAAGAAGACAAUGUCGGCGGAACUUCUAGGGAAGACUCUGGCUCUGGAACUGGGAGUUCCCUCUCCUACGCGUCAGAUUUCGGGCACAUGGAAUUUGUGAUUUCGACCGGCUGCAUCGACAGCGCCUGCAUUUCCACCACCCUCUCUUCCGUCAUUCAUUCUUCUGACUCCAAGGCCGAUAACUCUUGCUCCCGCACGCCAGGAUCCAACACCCCAACAGAAACUUCAUCGACAACAUCGACACUCCCCUCCACGUUCUUAGUGCGAUUGGGGAAGAAGCGUAUCCCGACUGAGAGAUAG